CGCCUCCUUCUGCAGUGGGCGGACCGACGGCCAGGGCUGCUGCUGCUGCUGUUUGGGACAGAGACAGUCUCACGGAAAAUAUGGCGGAGGCUGCGGCGGUCCCUCCGCAUCGCUUCUUCUGUCACUGUUGUAAGGGCGAAGUGAGCCCCAAACUGCCGGAGUAUAUCUGUCCCAGAUGUGACUCGGGCUUCAUCGAGGAGGUUACAGAAGACUCCAGUCUUCUGGACAGUAGUUCAAAUAGCCUUGAUGACACAGCUUCACAGUUUGCUGAGCUAUGGCAGCUGUUAUUUGUGGAGAGGCCGUUCAGUCUGGAUCUAGAGAGUCCUGACUCUGAGCGGGUUCCUGGAGGUGGCAGUGGGUCUGGGAGUCUCGGAACAGGGCCGUUUGGCGGUUCUGUCCCAGGUGGGCUUGGUGGGUCCCUGAGUGGCCCUCUAGGCGGAGGAGAGCACUGGGGUCCUGGUCGUCCUCCACGACUGCACACGCAGAGGAGGUACCGAUCCAGAGGAAGCAGUCGACCGGAGCGCUCUCCCGCUGUUGAGGGAAUAGUACAACAGUUUCUCGCAGGCCUUUUUGCCAAUUCAGGAGUACCAGGCUCUCCUCCACUGUCAUGGACGGGAAUGCUGCACUCAAACCCUGGGGACUACGCCUGGGGACAGGGGGGUCUGGAUGCAGUCAUCACACAGUUAUUGGGUCAAUUUGAAAACACAGGUCCUCCUCCUGCUGAGAAAGAGAAAAUUUCCUCCCUCCCCACUGUUAUCAUCACUCAGGAACACACUGACUGCAAUAUGGAGUGCCCUGUAUGUAAGGAAGACUACACAGUCGGUGAGCCGGUCAGGCAGCUGCCCUGUAACCACAUCUUCCAUAGUGACUGCAUCGUGCCCUGGCUUGAACUGCACGACACGUGUCCUGUGUGCAGGAAGAGCCUUAAUGGGGAUGAAAGCGGCACUCAGUCGUCGUCAGAGCCUUCCUCCCUAAACACUGAUCCUCGCACACCGGAGAGAUGGUCCUUCUGAAACACACGCACACACGUCCGUCCAUCUUAUCCAAGCUCUCUGUCUUAACCCAAGCUAUUUGUGUUCAUGCUGGUAUAUUUUACUAUGGUUUGUUUACUUCUGUUCUCUAACACAGUCCUUCUCAGUUUUGUCUAUCCUAAUGUUUCUGUGUCUUUCAGACGUCUUUGAUCCCCUCCACAGUUUUCCACACAGAAUUUUGCCUAGUAUGCCCUUCCCUUAUUUCUACCCUGAGUGAAGAAACAAACAGUGCAGGAUGAGGAUAGGCUCGGGCACAUAUUGUUGCUAUAGCAGCACAACUCCCAACCCAGAUUUAGAUGGUACAGUGUUCAGUUUCCCAGAGAUGAGCUGUACUCCCCAGAUAGCGCCUUUUAUGGUUCAAUGUGAAUUCUCAUUGGGAUGGGGUGCCGUGUCUUUGCGGUUUAUGAACGUUGCUUUACUUCCCCAGGUUUUUUGUUGUUCUCGCAUCCCUUUUGUUCAGGAGAUCAUGAACUUUUGUCUCUCUCUCCUUUUUGAUUCCAACUGUGGUGUGUAUAUAUCACAAACCUAUCAAUGUCCUUCAGUUUAAUUUGAUUUAGUUCUUUUCACUCAUUUCUAUUACAGUUUCUUCUAAUGUAAAUAAUUUUAGUUGGAAAACUCAUUUAGGGAAGACAAAAAACAAACAAAAAAAACAUUGAUGAUGAAUGGCUAAAUAUUAAAGUAUAUAAAUAUAUAUUAUAUGAUGUGUAUGACCAUGAUGUAUUAAUAAUAAAACUGAAUAAAAACCAGGAACCAUGUUGAUCUUAUGGCACAGACGAACAACCAAUGCAUUCAGACCUUCCUAUUGAUUUUUGUUGACAUAAAUAUGCAUUCUCAGAAGAGAUGUCUUUGAAAA